UUUUUUUAAAGGAAGACAGUUCAUUUGUCAAUGAGUGGCUGAAAAUUCUCUUAGAUCGAAAAGAGAACAAUGCGCGUAUGUCAUUAUUACAUGGAAAGAUUUCCAACAAUAAUUUUGCGAUACUAUCGAUAAUUAAUUAUCGUUGCGAAUUAUUGAUAAAUAUAAAUACAUAGAAUGCCAGCAGACGACGCCGACGUAAUGUUGAACAAUUCUUUCAACGACACUAAAAUUUGUGAGUCAGGGCAGAUUAGAAAACGAAAAAAAAAUGUUUAAUAUUUAGCUCAACCAUCUAAUUGGACUUUCAUUUGGUGGAUUUCAGUUUAGCGAUAUUUCGUAAAUAUAUUAUGCAUUUCGUUUAUCAAUAAGAAAAGUAUCCGUUUUCAUUAAAAAUGUUCGUACGAUUUGUUUAGUAAAAUGGUCAAAAGAGCCGUCAUGGUCUUUCUAACAAGGAUGGCGUCAUCCGAAUGUGUUCGCGUAGUUUUAUCAAAGCAAUGAAGUUGUUAAAAUUUAGUCAACACGUACUAUCCACUAAGUUAAAGUGAAAUAAGUUUCACUAAAUUGAUUCGUUCCCGUACCAUUGUUUAUACUACCGAUUAAUACUCGAUAAAAAUUUGGAAAAUCAGGGCGCAGUGCGUUGUGCUAGCAGUGAGCAGUCAAACAUUGAGGUAGUUUUGCGCUGGUGUGUCUGAGAGGUAGCACCGAUAUAUUUUUCACGAACAGUCAACAAAGAAUAAAAUGGAAACAAGUUACGAGGCUGAUAUCUGAUUCACGUCCACACAGUAAACAUAAUGUUAUAGGAACAAGUCGAAAAAUUGCAAGUUUUUGAAAAAACCGGAACGUUUUGUAUAAAACUUAAAGACUGUGUUUUCCAUAAGAAAAACUUCCCCUCUGUUGGAGUCUAUACAAAGAAAUAACUGUAAAGAACAUAUUACAAGGAAGACUGUUUAAGAAAUGGUUAUCGUUAUCGUUUCUUCCAAUGAAACUCCAACCUAAAAGCUUUAAAAUGUUUAAGGUUAUGUUUUAUUGAAACAUGAAUUUCUCUCAUUAACGGACGAAGCAACUUAUCAGGACAAGAAAAACAAACUGGAUCAAUUUAUAUGAAUGGAUGAUGCUUGGAGGCAAUGAACGGAAUGGAGAGACAUGGGCAUGGACAUGGACACUCACAUGCGCACUCGCAUCGUCAUCGUCAUUCACAUGGGAAUUCACAAAGUAUAUCCCAAAACUCAAAUCUAUCGUCGAAGCAUAGCCACACCCAUGUAACACACUCGCAGAAGGAUGCAUCUGCUGUACAAAUACCUCAGAAACCAAGGAAUUACAAGCUACUAGUUGAUCCAUUUUUAGUCAAAGGUGCAACAAAAUUGUACAGAUACGAUGGUAUGGUUCCAGGAGACCCAACUUAUCCUGAAGUUCAACCUCGAGACCCCAGAUCACAGUUAACAAGAAUUUGGACUCGUUUAGAACAACUUGACCUGCCUGUACCUAGAUUUAAAAUUGACUCUAAUUAUUGCGGCGAACCACCUCCACUCGAAGUAACAUUUUGCCAUUUAAAUGACAAUAUCGAUAAGACUUUUUUAACAGACAUGGUUCAAAAAUUUGGAAUUGUAGAAGAACUCACUGUUUAUUAUCAUCCUUUAACUAACAAACAUCUUGGAAUUGCGAGAGUGAUAUUCGAAAGUACGAAAGCUUCGAAAGCAUGUGUAGAAAAAUUAAAUAAUACAUCCGUGAUGGGUAAAGUCUUAAGAGUGUUCCUCGAUGCAUUUGGAGAAGAAUGUAAAAAGAUCUAUGACGAAUUAACUGUAGAAAAAAAAACAGAAAAGAAAAUUGAAAAAGAAACAAAAUCUGAAAACGAUCAAGGAAAACAAACACCGAUUGAAAAAAUUAUUCCUGAAGAAAGAGAUGAUUUCAGAAGUAACAAAAAGAUAACAUCAAGUAUAGAAAAAUCCAGAGAUACGUAUGUAGAAAACUCUAGAUACAGCAAAUAUAGAGAUUAUCCUACGCCUAGUGGCAGUACUGGAAGCGAUUUAGGCUAUGGUACUGCACCCAGUGAAUUAAAUUAUUCUAGUAAUUAUUCUCAAAAUUCUACUCCAGCUACAAAUUAUGAUUUCUAUUAUAGUGGUUAUCAUCAUCAACCUUCGAAUAAUUAUUUAGCAAACAUACCUCAGAAUCUACCACAAAAUCUUCCGAUGCAACAAAAUUCAAGUUUAUGGUGGGGAGGUAACACAGGGCCAACAGGUUACGCGUCGUCUUCUAUGUGGCCUGUGCAACACGGGACAAACUUAGAUAAUCCUAAUUCUAAUGUAGUUCCAAUUACGAAGGCUUCUAAUGCGAAAAUGCAUCAUAUUCCUAAAAAAGAAAAAGAAAAAGAAAAAGAAAAUCAAAGUGCUACAAAAAUCUCAUCGGGUGAAUCGCCAAUAGAGACUCGUAAAACGUUAGACUUGGAUACAAGAAUUGCUAUGCUAUUAAAAGAUAAAGCAGGAGGAAUGGCACCACCCUUCUUACAGUUCGGUAGUGAUUCCGAAGAUGAGAAAAAGUCUGUCAAUGCGGAUAACGAAAUGCUUUCGGAACCACCAAGCCCUUUUCUUUCUCAUGAAAUGUAUAAGUCAUGUUUUGAAAAGAUGAGGAAAAGGAAUAAGGAACGUUGGAAAAUACACGAAAAUAGUAUUAAUCAACUUUCUGUUGACGAAGAAUUAGGUAGUGUUAUAAGUUCAAGCGAAGAUGAAGCAUUAUUGGGAAGUUAUAGUCCAGCUCCAGAUGAUAUUGAACCAGAACCACCGAAAGAGCCACCACCUCCACCUCCACCCGAUGACGAUAGAAUGUCAUUAAGUCCAUUAAGUUCAGGAGAUGAAAAAAUUGAGGAGGUUAUAGCUCAAACAGAACCUACAAGUCAGUUGUAUCCAGGAGCUGGUUAUCCUGGACAUCUUACCCAUUAUCCUACCAGUGAUAUGUACCAUUGGCCACGACCAUCGCAAUAUCCGUACCCUUAUGGAACAACAUACUUACAAAGCCAUUAUCAACCUAAUACCACAUCAUUUUCUGGCGCAGUAGGAAAUCAUCAAGGAGCAAGCUAUUAUCCAUCCUUCCAGUCACGGCUUCAUGCUAUGGCAAAUCAUAAUAUUACAAAAGAUAAUCCACAGGGUCCUACUAUUAAUGGAGUAUUAAACAGAGUUGUAAAUGAAUUGAAACAAAUUUUAAAAAAGGAUUUUAAUAAGAAAAUGAUUGAGAAUACUGCGUUCAAACUGUUUGAAGUAUGGUGGGAUGAAAAGAAGUCUGAAAAAAGUCAAAAUCAAGGAGGAGAUAAUACUAUUGUUAAUAAUAAUGGUAAUAAAGAGGAAAGCUCGAAACCUCAAGGGAUAUCGUUGCUUUUAGAGCAAGCAACUCCGCUUGGAUUUAAUUAUGAUGGAUUUGGGUUGGGCAUUAGAGCUAGUAUGCCAAAGAUGCCUUCUUUCAGGCGCAAAAAUAAAGCUCCAAGUCCAAUACCACAAGAUGAAGAUAGUCGCCAAUCUGAUCAUGGUGAUACUGAAAUCAUAGAAAGUGAUAGUGAUCUUGACUUAACGUCGGUACAAAAGGUUAAAAGGCCAAUUACUUCUCUUCCGAGUGUUUCAUCAUCGUCGUCGUCGUCGUCGUCGUCAACGACGUCGUCUUCGUCGUCAUCGUCAUCAUCAAACGAAUGCAGUAGCGACGAAAUGAGCUGCAAUGAAUCUUCUAGCAGUUCUAAUGAUAAUUCCGAUGAAGAACAAGACACAGACAGUCGUAUGUCAGAUCAACGUCCUUUGGCUUGCAAUAGCGAAGAUCCUGAUAUUUUAACGGAACUUGCAAUUCAAAGGUCGCUAGAUUGUCCAACCCCAACUGGUAGAGAAACACCAAUACCGAACAUUAAAAUAAAAGAUGUAAAUUCAAAUGAAUUCCCACAAUUUGAAAAUGAACCCAGCCCCAUAUCAUCUCCGCUAAGAUGUGAAAACAAUAAAGAAGAAAUCGAAAAAAUAAAUGAGAAAUCUUUCAAUGAAGAACAUUUCGAAAAAUCUAGAGCAAUGAAUAAAGACAUAGAAGUAAAGAAUGUGGAAGAUGAGACACAAAAUAUAGCAAAGAGUACGUAUACUUCACCAGUAAAACAAGAACCUCGCGAUAUGCAAAAAAUGGAAAAUUCUGCAGCGGAAGCUUUAAUAACGUUAGCUGGACAAGAUAAUAUUAUAAGACAUCGGAGUCCAGGACCUUUACAACCAAAUAUUAUUAGAGCUCUUCAAACUAUGUCUGCUAAGUACAUUAAUGAUGAACCGAUAUUAAAAGAAUCGGAAAAGAUUGAAAUGUUUAGUGAAAUACCUACUACCGAUUCGGAGGAAGAAAGUUUAGAAAUUAGAAGAUUAAGGUAUCAAGCUGAGACUGAUCUUCGAUUGAAUGGUCAACAAAGUCCAAGUUCGCCUGGUUCGCAAGCUUCACAAGUAUACAUGGAACAUUCUUAUUCAUUACCCCCAUCACAACCAGAAAUACCGGAGUUUGUAGUUCGUGUACCUCCGACACCAAUAAAACCUGUAAAAAUGAAGUCCUCGAAGAUUAUAAAACUGGCCAAGGGAAAAGAUAAAACUCACAAAGUAGAAAAGCGAAAAUCUAAUAAAUACACGAAGAUACAUCAUCAAAAUCAUCAAAAUCACGAAGGAGAGAAAGAAAAUAUUCAAAAUGAAUUCGUUUAUGAAAAGUAUCCUCAAAAAGUUGUCCAGGAACCAACGAUAACAUACAAAGAACGAGAUCUUAUGUCAGAAAUGGCUAUUUUGUACGAAUUUUUAACUAGAGGUAUAGAUGCAGAGGAUGUGGAAUAUUUAAGACGAAGUUACGAAGCUUUAUUAGCCGAUGACAGUCAAGGUUAUUGGUUGAAUGAUACGCAUUGGGUCGAUCAUCCUGCUACAGAUAUUCCAAGCCCUGCAAAACGAAGAAAAAGAGACGAGCUUAGAUUACACGCAAGUGGAAGUGCAAGAACUGAAGGAUAUUACAAAGUUGAUGUGCGAGAAAAAGCUAAACAUAAGCAUCAUUAUGCGCAAAGUAUACAGCGCAGUAAUGAUAUCGAAGAUAAUAAUGGCCCUUAUGCGGGAGGUGAUGGUACAAUGAAUGGUCCAAAAAAUAACACUAAAGCGUUAACGGGUAAAAUGCAAGCUCUGUCUCGUGAAGCUCGAAGUAAUCAACGCCGCUUAUUGACGGCUUUCGGUAUCGACACCGAUAGUGAUCUUCUUAAAUUCAAUCAGUUGAAAUUCAGGAAAAAGCAGUUAAAAUUCGCUAAAUCUGGCAUACACGAUUGGGGUUUGUUUGCUAUGGAACCAAUUGCAGCUGAUGAAAUGGUUAUUGAAUAUGUUGGUCAAAUGGUUAGGCCAGUUGUUGCUGAUUUAAGAGAGUCUCAAUACGAAGCUACCGGAAUAGGUAGUUCUUACCUUUUCCGUAUUGACUUGGAUACAAUUAUUGAUGCAACGAAGUGUGGCAAUUUAGCACGGUUCAUUAAUCACAGCUGCAAUCCGAAUUGUUAUGCAAAAGUAAUCACAAUCGAAAGCCAAAAGAAAAUUGUAAUCUAUAGUAAACAACCAAUAGGAGUUAACGAAGAAAUUACAUAUGACUAUAAAUUUCCAUUGGAGGAUGACAAAAUUCCUUGCCUAUGUGGAGCCCCUCAAUGUCGGGGUACCCUGAAUUGAAGCGUUCAUAAAAUUAUAUUGUUCGUCCCUUUUUCCUCUCUUCUACACUUCAUCAUACCCUACUCAUAUUUUUGUAAAUAUUUCCCCAUGUAAACAUUUUAUAAAAUGCAAUGGAAAAUGCUAAAUUAUGUUAAUAUAUGCUCCUUUUCUUUUUUUAACAUCCUUUCCAUUAUUGCAAUAAUAUGUCAGGUACCCAAGUGAUUUUGGAAACACUUAUCAUGUUUAUAGUUUGUAGAUUGUUUUUGUAUAACUUGAGAUUUUAUUCUUAUUAUGUUUCUGUUAAAAUAAAAUAAUUUGUUGAAAAAUUGAACUUAUCCCGUUCGAUAUGAUGGUAUCCAAGAAAAUGAUUGUUUUUUAAAAAAAUUAUUUAAAUGUAAAUAUACAAGUACUUUUUUAUAAAAA